CCCAGGAGGUGGUCGGCAAAGACAAGCAUCUUCCCGGGCAGACUGGCGGCACUGUUGUCCGGCAGCACACGAGCGAGCCUGGACUCAGGCGGCGCGUGGGACAGUCCGGUUUCGUGCGCCGGCUUCCCUGAGGUCUGGGUCCUUGCAGCUACUGCGGCGGCGGCCCGCGCAGGGAAACUGCGCCGGGCGGAAGAAGUCCAUCCCAAGGUAUUUCCGGUUCCGGUGUCAGUUCGAGGCGCCGCCGCCGCCGCAGCCGCCGGAGCCGCGAUGCCUAAAGGAGGGAGAAAAGGAGGCCACAAAGGCCGAGCAAGGCAGUAUACGAGCCCCGAGGAGAUCGACGCACAACUUCAGGCUGAAAAGCAAAAGGCCAGGGAAGAAGAGGAACAAGGAGAAGAAGCUGGAGAUGGGGCUACAGGUGACCCCAAAAAGGAGAAGAAAUCUCUAGACUCAGAUGAGAGUGAAGAUGAAGACGAUGACUACCAGCAAAAGCGCAAAGGUGUAGAAGGGCUCAUCGACAUCGAGAACCCCAACCGGGUGGCACAGACAACCAAAAAGGUCACACAACUGGAUCUGGACGGGCCAAAGGAGCUUUCAAGGAGAGAACGAGAAGAAAUUGAGAAGCAGAAGGCAAAAGAGCGUUACAUGAAAAUGCAUUUAGCUGGGAAGACAGAGCAGGCCAAGGCUGACCUUGCCCGACUGGCGAUCAUCCGGAAACAGCGGGAGGAGGCUGCCAGAAAGAAAGAAGAAGAGAGGAAAGCAAAAGAUGAUGCCACGUUGUCAGGAAGACGAAUGCAGUCGCUCUCCCUGAACAAGUGAGUGUGACUGUGGGAGGAGACGCCAGAGAACUGGGCCGUGCUGCCAGGACCUCUGCUGUGUCUCCCCCACCCUGUGCCCUGGCGCCGCUGCAGCAGUCCCUCGUGGCCAGGAGCCCCCCACAGCCUGGGGCAUCCUCUUCAUCUUGGCGCAGAAAUUGUUUGGGGAAAUGUGGGAGGGCUGGGGGAGGGCAGCUGCUAUCUUUGAGACAGAAAGAUGCAGGAGAGCAUUUCAUAUGUAACCAUUUGAACGUUUCCGCUGUUUUUAGAAUUCAGAACCCAUGUUGGGGGGUUGCCUGGGAGGCGGGGUAAGAAGAGCUUCCAUUUGUCUGGUAGAUUGCACGUUUGGGGGUGGUUGUGCCGGGAGACAGCUGCUGACAAGUUCGCUACAACCAGCCCUGGUCUGUGUUGCCUGGGUGCUCAUUCAGAGGGGCUGUCAUCUGGGUGCCCAUGUCCCUGGGUCCUUGAGGGUCACGGCUUGUCCCUGGCCAGUCCCCUGUGACUGAGGCCUUUCCUCUGCCCUUCCCUGCCUCAGCCCCACCCACCUGGCCAAGGCCCGUUUUUAACCCUAUCCGUUGAUCAUUUCAAGAAACCUCUGUUCACUGUGUAGCACCCAGGCAAAACAUGCUCUACAAAUUCAACUUGUAUAUUUGGCAGAUUAAACUUGACAUUAUCGUAA